AUGUUUCGAGGGCAGCGCGGGUGGUUCUGUGGCAGCGUGGGCCAGGACCUGAGGCAGUUGUGGGUGGCCGAGGGCGGGACUGUCUGCGACGUGCAGGCCGCGGACUUCCUGUUCAGCUGUGACGCCUCGCACCCCGACACGCUGAGAAUUUAUCAGAGCCUUGAUUACAUAGAAGAUAAUGCUACAGUUUUUCAUGCCUACUACCUUUACGCAGUGGCUAAUGCUGAAAUGAAAACCUCUGUGGCCUUAGGUCAUUUCAUUCUUCCUCCUGCAAGUGUACAGAAAGAAAUAAGAAGAAAAGUUGGUGGUUUUAUUUGGGAACAAGAUAAGUAUUUCCAAAUAGAAAAGCAUGACGAAUUAGCGUCAAAAGAGAGAGAAAGCAGUCAACCAGCAACAGAGCCAGAGCACCAAAAAGAAUUACCCAAAAGUGCAGAAAAGCAUUCUGUAAGGACACCGGUUGUAGAAAAGCAGAUGUACUUCCCUCUUCAAAAUUAUCCAGUGAACAACAUGGUAACAGGUUAUAUAUCAAUUGAUUCCAUGAAGAAAUUCCUUGGGGAGUUACAUGACUUCAUUCCUGGAAGCUCAGGAUAUUUGGCAUAUCAUGUUCAAAAUGAAAUUAACAUGUCUGCUAUAAAAGAUAAAUUAAGGAGGAAACUACUAAGUUAA